AUGGGCCACGGCAUCGGCUGUAUCAAAGACGCCGGCCUAGCUCCCUUCGUUACUACUUUCGCCCACCACGGUUACAUAGCAGUGACCUUCGACUACUUGUACUUCGGUCAAAGUGAAGGAGAGCCGCGCAACCUAAUGAGUGUUUCCCAGCAGCUACAUGACUUUGAGGAUGUCAUUUCCUGGGUACGUACUCAGCCAGAGAGAUUCGACGUGGAUAAAAUUGUGGUAUGGGGCACAAGCUUCGGAGGGAUGCAUACUACAGCUCUCCUCGCACAGGACCACAAACUUGCUGGUGGCAUAGCCCAGUGCCCUUGUGUGGACGGUCUAGCGGCUUCUUUGCAAGUCCCGUUUCUCCAAUCAAUGCGCCUAACUUGGGCUGCUUUGCGCGAUGUUGGGCAUUCCAUUUUUGGACUUGGGCCAGUGUACGUUAACCUGUCCUCGAAUGGGCUUCCAGGAUCACCCUUGGCCAUUAUGAGCGGAGAAGAAGUAGCGCAAGGAUGGGAUCGGCUUGUAUCGAUGGAGGACAUGCCAUUUCCGAAUAAGAUCGCCGCUCGAUCUCUUUUCAGUGUCCUCACCAAUCGCCCGGUUCAUAAAGCCCACAAAAUAAGGAAGCCAUAUCUGAUAAUCCUUCCAACUUGGGAUGGACAGGCACCACUGAGUGCAGCGGAGAAGACAGCAGCAUUGGCGCCUCUAGGAGAAGGGUUAAGAGUGCAAGGAGGUCAUUUCGAUCUUUACUACUCAGGGCCCGCGUUUGACGAGAACAUCAGGGGGCAGUUGGAGUUCCUGGAAAGGAUACUAAAGAAAUAG